ACUUAGCGUUAGCACGUCUUGCCAGUUGCUACACGUUGUUUUGAGUGUCUUAACUGUAGUUUAUUUGUUCUUAAUAUUGUUAUUGUUACAUUAUACAUUAAACAAUAAACUUACUAUAAUGCCGAAUCAGGUGAAUAGUACAAGUGGUGUUGCCUAUCAAUGCAUACUGAACUCGUGCAGAAAAAAGAAAACUUCAAAAGAAACUGUUAGUUUUUUUAAUUUUCCUAAUGAUCCAGCAAGGCGUGCAAUUUGGUUAGAAAACUGUAAACUGUCUGCUGAUAUUCUUUCAAUUAAAAACGUCAAGUUAUGUGGUAAACAUUUUGAAAGUAAAAUGUUUCUUAACAAUUUAAGAAAUAAGCUACAACCACACGCUAUACCUAAACCACUUCCAGACAAUUUGCUCGAGGGUCAAUCAAGUUCACCUGACGAUUUGCCCGAGGAUCAGUCAAGUUCACCAGACGAUUUGACGAAAGAUCAGUCAAGUUCACCUGAAGAUUUGCCCAAGGAUCAGUCGAGUUCACUUGAAGAUUUGCCCGAGGUUCAGUCAAGUUCACCAGAAGACUUGCCUGUGGGUCAGUCAAGUUCACCAGAAGACUUGCCUGAGGGUCAGUCAAGUUCACCAGAAGAUUUGCCUGAAGAAAAAAUAUUUGAUUGGAAUAAAUAUCUUACUGCAAGAAAUGCAGAAGAGGUGCCUGAAGAUUUUUUUUAUCAUAUUUGUAAGAGUGAACUGAAUGGCAUAGAAAUUGGCUCAGUGGUCGAGAUUGAAAAUGAAGAUCAAUGUGGAUAUUGGUUUGCUAGUGUAUGUUCAUCAAAGGGCGUUUUAAUGAACUUGCAUUAUUAUGGUGAUGACAAUGAUCAACACACUUUUUGGUUAGAAGUAAAGUCACCACGCAUUCAUUCUUUAAACUGGGGAAGCGAAAAUAAUAAAAAACUGAUACCUCCUUAUCCUGAAAGAUUUUCACGUUACAAGCCAGAAGUUAUUAAAGAAAAAGUUCAUGAUUGUGAGCAUGUUGUUUCAAAUGCUGUGUUACAAAUGGGAGGUGCACCAAUUCAUAAUAUAUUCAAGUGUGACAUGUUUGUAGAAGUUCAAGAUAGAGAAUACCCUUAUCGUGUUUGGAUUUCAAAAGUGCUAAAAAAUGUGGGAGGAAGGUUAUUUUUACAAAUGCAAGGAAUAAAUAGCCCUGAAGAGAAACCAUUUUGGUUAUUUUAUUUAAAUGAACGUGUUUUUCCAUUAGGAUGGGCAGAACAAAAAGGCCUUCCAUGGAGAGUAAUGAAUUUAGAUGCUAGCUUAGAAAAUUCUAUCGAUUCUAGUGUAUUACUGAAUGUGUUAAAGCCAAAGACACCAGAACAACACAGUUAUAAAGUUGGAGAAAUGUUGGAAGUAAUAAAUCCUUAUUCAUUGAUGGUAUUUUAUGUUGGUACAAUUGUUAAGAUCUAUGAUAAUCGUUAUUUUAAAGUUGAAGUGGAUAAUGAGAUUGAUCAAGAUAAACGUAUCAGUUUUGUGGCUACCAAAGAAAAUCCUUAUUUAUUUCAAGCCGGUUGGGCAAGCAAACACAAAUUUUUGCUAAAACCUCCAACUGAUUGGAAUAAACCAGACAAAUUUUCUUGGUCGAAAUAUUUGAUAAGAAAAGAUACAAAAUUUGCUUCUGUAGAUAAUUCAUGUAGAAAAAAGAUAAAUAAUGUUCACAUAGGUAUGAAACUAGAAGCGGUUGAUCCUUUGAAUACUGAUUGUAUUCGUGUGGCUACAGUUAAAGGAUUUGCUGACCAUUGGAUGUUUUUAUCUUUUGAUCGUACGAGUUGUUGUCAAGAAUUACUACAUUUACGUUCAGUUUAUUCAGAUGAAGUUUUUCCAGUUGGUUGGUGUAAUAAACACAAAUAUUCUUUGGAUGUCCCAAGGCUCCCAUACAAUGACUCCAAUGAUUUUGAACAUUGUUAUUAUUCAUCGGAUGUUGAUAUUGAUUUAAGUCAAUCAGACCAAGACUUGUCAACAAAAUAUCCUCGUUAUUUAAAAGGAGAAAUCUUUUAUCACUUUAGCAAAAAGGAUAAAAUAAGUUUUGAUGAUGGUUUUGAAGAAAUAGAAGAUGAUUAUAUUAAGUCUGGAGAUUCUGAUUCUGUUAAUAAUGUACCAAUAGUUUCAGAAAUAGAGAUUAAAAAUGAUAGUGCUGAUGAAUAUGAUAAUGAUCCAAUUUUGGAUGCUAAAGACGAACCUGAAUUAGAUGAAGAAUUUCAUGAUGCAUUAUUUUUGAAUGAAGUUGAUAUUAAACCAGAAGAAGUUGAUAUUAAAUCAGAAGAAGUUGAUAUUAUACCAGAAGAAGUUGAUAAUAUACCAGAAGAAGUUGAUAAUAAACUAGAAGAAGUUGAUUAUAACCCAUCAAAAAAGAAUAAUGCAAAAGAGGUUAAUCUAAAAAUAAAAAAAGUUUAUCAUGUUGAAAAAUCCAUUGGAAAUGUGGCUAAAAAUUCUUCAAAACUGUUUUCUAAAAAUAGCUACCGAAUGUGUAUUUACUUUAACAAAGAUUGUUAUCCUGGUGGUCAUGUAGUCAAAAAGAAAAUUCCUAGCUUACCAGUUUGUAUUGGUCCCGGUCCCGUAUCCUCAAUAUUACGGGAAGCAAUAACCGCAUUUGUUGAUUUAGAUUAUUCUCCUGGGAAUGCAUUAAAAAAAAUUAAAAAAAUUCAAAAUAUGUUGUUUAACGGACCUGGUGGUGUUGAAGUGUGGAUUUCCACCACUGCAACAAGAACUCAUAGUAGUUUCACCGAAUCUCUUCUUCUUCCUGAAUCUAGGAAGAUGGCUAGUACAUAUUGUUCUGCUCUUUGUAAUCUAUCUGGCAUGUGUGAAUUCUUUAUGACUACUGAAGAAACGAAGUGUCCUCAUGGUUGUAAUAAGACAGAAAGUAAAGAUAUGGUACAGCAGUUAAAACCUAAAAUGAAUACUCUGCCCAUUCGUAUGAAAUCAAAAAUAAAACGUCAUCGAUUACAUGAUGCUCAAAGAUCUGCCAACGCUGUAUGCCGUAAAGUAACGCAUUCAGAAAUUUCUAGAAUUGGUAAAAAAGUAUUAGAUUGGUCAAAUAAACCUUUAGUUUCAAGGUAUAAACAUUAUUUGGGGAGUAUAUUGGAUUUAGAUGCACACAUAUUUCGAUUAAAUCAGAGUCCUACUGAACUGGAAUCAUCUCUUAUAACUGAAAUUAUAUCAAAAAAAAAUAUACUUAGGAGGAUGGAUCAAAUGGAAAUUUUCAGCAAUACUAAAUCUGAAAUUGAAACCCCUGAAGAAAAACUAUUUGUUGUUUUAGACGAUUGGAAAUCAACUUUUGAAAACUAUUAUCGUCAAAAUCCAAGAUUUAAGAAAUUUAAAAUUGAUAUAGGACAUUUAGAACAUAUUAAGAUCACGUCAAAUCCAAAAUAUUGGUCUGCUGAGGAUGUUUAUAAAUAUUUGACAAAUGAUUUGUUUUGUAAAGAUGUUGGACUGAAACUAUAUGCUGGGCAAGUUGAUGGUAUAGCGUUUAUGCUAUUGAAUGAAGAACAACUUUUAUUGCGAUUACGAUGUACAAUCAAUUUAGCGAUAAGAAUCCUGUGUCAUGUAGCUGAAGUGAAAUACGUUUGUUUAACAAAAUAUUGUAAUGUGAAUGUUGAUUAAAUAUUAUAUACAUUUUCUAGUUUUACAUCUUUUACUUUAAUAAGUAAAAAAAUGAGAUUUAUCUGGAUUAAGACUAAGACUUAUUGACGAUAAUUAUGAAUGUUUUCAUUUUUUAGAUAUUUGUGGUAUAUAAUAAUAAUUAGGUAUAUUUAUUAUUAAAAAUAAUGAUCAACUCCUUAUAAAAAUAAUUAUGCAUUGUAUUUUUUUUGUUUACAGUAAUAAAUUGUUUCAAUAGUUAGGGUUUUUAUACAUUUAGUUAGUUAAGAGUACAUUAUUAUUUAGGUUUGCGCUCCCGGAAAUUCCCUGGAAUAAGCUCAGGAAUUAAAAAAAAUUACAAUUGUUAUGAGCCAUUAUUCUUUGUUACUAUAAGCAGUAACAUAUUUUGAUUCAGUGUGUAUAGGAAGUGAAUUUGAUAUCAUUUCAUAUUUGUCUUGAGGCUGAUAUUCACCCUCUUGAACCCCUCUUAAUGGGCGCCUUACCAUACAAUACCAUAGAAUACCACUCUAUAAAUCUAUGAUAAUAUAAUAUAAUACCUUCCUGUGGUAUCUUCCAAGUAUUCGGUCUAUUUACCAACAUUUAUUACAUCUUAUAUGAGUAUACAAAUAAAAUAAAUAAAACAUAUUAUUCAUGAAAGAAAAAUAUGAAAAUAGAAACAAUUAAACAAAUUUAAAGUUGAAAACAAUUAAAUUGCGGGCUGCAUAUCAGUAUUUAAAACCGUAAAAACUAAGAAAAUCAAAUUUAAAGCUUUUACAAAUAACAAUUAAUUAUUAAUUUAAAAAUAAUAAUCUAUAUUAAUAAUAUAAAUUACCUACAAUAAAAAUAAAGAUUUGUUGCCAUAUCAAUAUUUUAUAGAACAUAUUUGGUUGGUCCCUGUUUUUCUUUUUAUUAAUGUUUUGCUAAGUGCUAACACAAGAUCGUCCAAAUAUGGUCUGUAAACAAAAUUUUUAAUACUUUUAAAACUCGGUUAUCAAGUUCUCCUAUUUUAUCGAGUGAACCUUAAAUUAAAGAACUGAAUAAUACAUUUUCUUUAUUUUGAAGUACUUAAAUAUAUUUUAUUAUAAUAACUAGAGGAUGCAAUGUUGAGCAGUCGUCUUCACAACUACACUAAAUUAAAAUUUAGCAAAAAUAAUGAUAAUCUAAAUGUAAUACCUCAUAUUAGUCAUAUUAUGGUGAGUACACUAUAUUUUGUUCCCGUCAUGAUUGAACUCACAAGACCUAUUAUGGGCACAAUCAUACUCUACACCGCAUGCUCAGAGCUACAAACAACCAAUAGUCCUGAAGCCUAUAUUUCUACUAUUAGUUUUACUAAAAUACUACUAACCAUAUUAUAUGUAUACUUUGAAUUAUUGCUAUCUAAAUUAUUUCUGUAUUUAAUUAUGUAAUUAAGUAACUAUAUAAUCACACCUACACCUUAUUACCAUAUUUGUAAACUAUGUAAAAUUUCCAUUUUGGCGUUUAAUAAACAAUAAAAAUAAUAAUAAUACAAAUGUUGUGUAAUGGUAGAACUAAUUAAUACAUAUUAUGUUGAAAUGUCACAUUUAAUUAUUAGUAUUGCAUAAAUUAAGUCAGACUAUGUUUUAUUAAAUUAAAUAAUUUUAGAAACAGUAUAUUUUAUUUUACUUAUUUAAAAAAUAUAAAUUAAGUAAAAAAGCUUGUAUUUUUUUGUUUUUAUUACAUAUGUAAAAAAUAAUAUGAAGUUAAUAAACAGAAAAAAUGAAUAUUAUUUGUGAGAAAUCAGUUCAUAUAUAACCAAUAAUUUGGAAUAUUCAUUCACUACCCUACCAAUUGGAACCAUAAAUUAUUUUCAAACUAAAUGCAGUUUGGAUGAACUAUUAUUAUCUGUUAAAAUGUAAAAUAUACGUUUUGCAAUAUGGAAAUGUCUGGAUAUAAUAGAUUAGCGUGAAAUAUUUUUUACCGAUUAAUUUUCAUAUGUAAUAUUAUUAUAAUUAACUAUGUAUCUUAAUAAAAUAUUUUUAGAUAUUAUCUGGCCUUCAAUCUCCAUCAAUGUAUUUAUUUGUAUAAUCAUUGUUAACAAUUUGAACAAACAUAUUAUAAUAUAUAUAAUAUUUAUCACACGAGACGCCUAUAAAAUUCUGGAAAGAUAACGGCAGGAGAGUAAUAAUUUGG